CACAGAGCGCUUAUAACAACUUGGAAUGCUGCGCUUUCCGAGCGCUGCGGUGCGGCCGUGGGGUCCCGGCCGGAUGCCGGACGAGAGCCGGGGGCUCUAACUCUCCCCGCGUGGCCGCUUGACUCCGCUGUCGCCUUCGUUCCCGGCCUGCUCGCCAUGGAGUCAUCGGCUUUUCCUCCGCGCCCCGGCCCCGCUGCCUCGACCGCCGCCCUGGCCGCGGAGCUCGCCCGGCCCCUGGCCGACCGGCUCAUCAAGUCCCCCAAGCCCCUGAUGAAGAAGCAGGCGGUGAAGCGGCACCACCACAAGCACAACCUGCGGCACCGCUACGAGUUCCUGGAGACCCUGGGCAAAGGCACCUACGGGAAGGUGAAGAAGGCACGGGAGAGCUCGGGGCGCCUGGUGGCCAUCAAAUCAAUCCGGAAAGACAAAAUCAAAGACGAGCAAGAUCUGAUGCACAUACGGCGGGAGAUCGAGAUCAUGUCGUCACUCAACCACCCUCACAUCAUCGCCAUCCACGAAGUGUUCGAGAACAGCAGCAAGAUCGUGAUCGUCAUGGAGUAUGCCAGCCGGGGCGACCUGUACGACUACAUCAGCGAGCGGCAGCGGCUCGGUGAACGCGACGCCCGGCAUUUCUUCCGGCAGAUCGUCUCUGCUGUGUACUACUGCCACCAGAACGGAGUUGUCCACCGGGAUCUCAAGCUGGAGAACAUUCUCCUAGAUGCCAAUGGAAAUAUCAAGAUUGCUGACUUUGGCCUCUCCAACCUGUACCACCAAGGCAAAUUCCUGCAGACCUUCUGUGGGAGCCCCCUCUAUGCCUCGCCAGAGAUCGUCAACGGGAAGCCCUACACGGGCCCAGAGGUGGACAGCUGGUCCCUGGGUGUCCUCCUGUACAUCCUGGUGCAUGGCACCAUGCCCUUUGACGGGCAGGACCAUAAGACGCUGGUGAAACAGAUCAGCCACGGGGCCUACCGGGAGCCGCCCAAGCCCUCUGACGCCUGUGGCCUGAUCCGGUGGCUGUUAAUGGUGAACCCCACCCGCCGGGCCACCCUGGAGGAUGUGGCCAGUCACUGGUGGGUCAACUGGGGCUAUGCCACCCGCGUAGGGGAGCAGGAGGCUCUUCGCGAGGGUGGGCACCCUGGCGGCGACUCUGCCCUGGCUUCCAUGGCCGACUGGCUCCGGCGUUCCUCCCGGCCGCUCCUGGAGAACGGGGCCAAGGUGUGCAGCUUCUUCAAGCAGCACGCUCCUGGCAGUGGGAGCACCGCCCCCGGCCUGGAGCGCCAGCACUCGCUCAAGAAGUCCCGCAAGGAGAAUGACAUGGCCCAGUCUCUCCAGGGCAACCCAGCUGAGGACACCUCCCCUCGCCCUGGCAAGAGCAACCUCAAGCUGCCCAAGGGCAUUCUCAAGAAGGCGGCGUUGACCUCAUCAGAGGGGGCAAAGGAAGACCCCCCAGAGCCCAGCCCAGUCCCCACCAGCCCAGGGCAGGCUGCCCCCCUGCUCCCCAGGAAGGGCAUCCUCAAGAAGGCCCGGCAGCGCGAGUCUGGCUACUACUCCUCUCCCGAGCCCAGUGAGUCUGGGGAGCUCUUGGACGCAGGUGACGUGUUUGUGAGUGGGGACCCUGUGGAGCAGAAGCCGCCCCAAGCCUCGGGGCUGCUGCUCCAUCGCAAGGGCAUUCUCAAACUCAAUGGCAAGUUCUCCCGCACGGCCUCGGAGCUCGCGGCCCCCACCACCUUCGGCUCCUUGGAUGAACUGGCCGCACCUCGCCCCCCGGCCCGGACCAGCCGUCCCUCAGGGGCUGUGAGUGAGGACAGCAUCCUGUCCUCUGAGUCCUUUGACCAGCUGGACUUGCCCGAACGGCUCCCUGAGCCCCCGCUGCGGGGCUGUGUGUCUGUGGACGACCUCAUAGGCCUGGACGAGCCCCCCUCAGAGGGCCCCGGAAGCUGCCUGAGGCGCUGGCGGCAGGACCCCCUGGGGGGGGAUAGCUGCUUUUCCCUGACAGACUGCCAGGAGGUGACAGAGGCCUACCGACAGGCACUGGGGGUCUACUCAAAGCUCAGCUGAGUGGUGGGGGCAUUGCCCGAGCCCGGGCAGGUUCCAAGAUGCAGCUGGCUGCACCCCAAUGGGCGAUGCCUUCUCUCCUGCCGCCCAGGCCCAGCACCCCAGCUCAGAAGGCUGAGGGGGCUCGCAGCGGAGCCCUGGCUGGGCUGGAUGUGGGGAGCAGGUACAUCAGGGGUUCGGUGUCUUCAGCCCUGUUGAACCAAGCAGAUAAGAGAGGGGAAAAGAGUAGAGAAACGGAGUGGAAUGGUCAGGCCCGCGGCAGAGCCUGGUUGCCUGUUUCUUGUACGCAUGGCGGGGCUGCAGAGAC